AUGUCCCGUAAAACCUAUAAAUAUUCCCAAUCCAGGGGAUACCAAGAAAGUGAAUCUGGUGAGUACGACGCAGAUCAUGAGAAAAUCACCACAUACAAGCAAGACAGCAAGACCAAGAAAUGGGUACUUGACAUAAAUGGUAAAUUCAACAACGCAGGAAAGCCAGUCGAAACAUACAAGUACUGCAAAGCCGAUAGAGAAUAUCGUCGAGAUGUUCGUGGUAUCUACGAUAAAAAUGGAAAGGAAAUAUCAAAUCUCACAGCAGCAGUAAAUAGCGAGCGCAGUGCUACACCUAGAACUUCAGCGGGUCCAAGUAACUCGGGCUCAAGUUCACGAUCUCGUACAGAGACUAGACCUUCAUCUGGAGCGAACACCUCGAGCUCAAGUUCACGACCUCGUACAGAGCCCCGAAAUGUUCCGACAGCAGAUAAUUCAGGGGGACGACGUCUUACUACAGAGGAGAUAGAGAGACAAAAUUUGGAAGACGCCCGAGCUACAGAGCAUUACAACAACCCCGAAGCACCACCAUCUUACCAUGGUCGAGAAAGCUACGUUAACAUCGAUCGCAACAACCCCCUCUACGCAGCACAGGGCAUUCGAGGAAAUCAACCGGUUCCCAGGUACACAGCAAAUGCGCCCUCGGUACCUAAACCCACUAAUCAGACGUAUGCUCUCGGACGCGGAAAUGCGCCCUCCGCGGAAACAUUCGGCGGGAGACGCAAUCUCAAAGUUCCGUUGGAAUAUUCAUCCGGCGAUGCGAAAAAUAGACGCGGGAAUAAUAUGACUAGUAGUGGUGAAUUAUCAAGGGGCUAUAGUUCCAAUUCUCAAAAUAUGUUUAAUAUGUCUGGUUUAUCCGAGGGCUUGUCUUUUUCUUCUGAGGAUGGGGCGGAUAAGAAAUAUCGUAAGAGUGGUGCUGGGUCUGGGUCUUCUAGGAGUCAAGCGGUGGAUAAGAAUAAGGAUAAGGAGGCCGGGAAGAAGAGUAAUAAAGAGGGGAAGAAACCUGCCACUUCGUCGGCGACGACGGUCGAUAAGAAAUAUGGUAGUAGACAAAUUCCUACUUCGGGUUCAAGCUCGUUUGCUGAUGAGGAGAAUUCUUCUGAGGAUUCUCCGCCGCAACGUAGUAGGACGGGGAUAUCGGGUCGUGAGAGUGGGAGUGCAAGAUCAGAUCGUCGUCAUGCUGAUAGUACGAGUGUGAGAAAGAGGGAUACGAGUACACAGCGUAAGGAGCGGAAGAGAAAGGAUGCGGAUCAUGCUGCUGCGGCUGCUAAAAGGGAUCAUCGGGUGCAUAAACUGCAGUCUAGUAGUGAUGAUGAGUUGUAUCGUAUGCCUAGUUAG